GGUUUGAGAUCACUCCUCAUGAAGCAGGGUAUUCUAGGCUGGAUGGCUACGUGGAAACAUCCCAUAUGGGCAGCAAGUUCGAGAGUGGGAGUUUAUUGACAAAAAAAGAAGAGAUGGAUAUGUUAUACUUGCAGGCUCUUUGUGGCAGUGCGAUUGCAGACUGGACAGAGGAUUUGAAAGCGGUCUUGACUUACAUUCUGAAAUUGCUAGGGUUGAUGUGGGGAGAAAGUGGAAACAAGAAGAACAUCAAUAUGCAAGUGACAUGUGUACAGUGCCAGUGUGAGGGCUGUGCAGUCGUUCAGAUUCUGCUGGAGCUGUGGGAGUCAAGUGACAGUGAGAGGGACUGCGAGACUCACUUCCUCUCCCUGCAGGAGAUUAUGAAAGACAAGGGUGAGCGCCAGGCCCACCUGUUUGUGAAGUUUACCCCGAAGGACUGGAGAGAGACAGACAGGGAGGGGAGAGAGACACACAUCAGACGCCUUGCCAUGGAGAUCUUCAAGGAGAUCUUCAACUUACCUGGCCGGCACAUCUGUGAGGCAGUCAGGAUUUUUGGGAAAAUAUUUCAGUACCACUGGUCCUGGGGCACAAAGUUCAAUUUUCUGUACAACCAUCCCGUUGCAGUGAAGAAGCUGGAGAAAGAGAAGAUCUCUCUGAUUGACGCGGGUCUGUUGAUGAACUCAGCAUACCCUGUGGUCCUGCAUCCUAAGAGGAAGGUCGACCUCAUCCUGUCCUUCGACUUCAGUGCCGGUGACCCCUUCCUGGCAAGUUAUAACCGCCUAUUAAUCUAA